UUCAUCGGUAUUCCAUCCAUGAGACCGGGCCAGAGACAUCUCUAUCGUGUGAGCUCUACUCUUCCUCGUACAGGAUCGCCUUUGCAUCCUGCUAUAUGCCUCACAUGUACCGUUUCAUCCGAUAUGACGAACAACGACGAAAGCGAACAUCGGACUAGUUCUUCGAACGCUCAUCAGAAUGGUCAGACCAAUCCAAACGAAUGGCAUCAGGAUCACUAUGAGAGUCAAACCGAUAAUAUCGACAAUAAGGAAAAUCGUCAAGCAAAAGAUACUUCCAAAAAGAACAAGUCAAAAAACAGGAAUAUUUCAAAAGACUAUCAUCCACAUUACAGUACAUGUAAUAUUAAAUUGGUAAAUAAUUUCUGAUGUUCUACUAUAUGUAUUUACUGAUGCGACA